GAUUGUCAAAAAUUAUCGUGUCAGAUCACUAAGCUUCAAAAUGGAUUCUUUGCCAGAAGAGAUAUUCACUGAAUUGAAACAGCAAUUCCAGAAGAUCAAACUCCACCUUCCUUCAUCUUCUAACAAACACCAUGAACAGCAAGUCCAAGAUUCAGGUGAUGGUAUCAUAAAAGAUGACGCAAACCUUUUGGAAACUGAAUUUUCUCUUGUAGCGUCCAAACUCGAAGAGAUUCUCACAAAACUGAAAACCGAAUCAUCAGACUACUUCCUGGUUCUGUCCAUGGUGGGGUCUAUCCUCUACGAAAAAUCCAAGAUGUCUUUGAAUACGAACAACUUCGAAAAAUCCAAGGAGUAUUUGGAUAAGGCACUGGGCCUGAUAAAAGGUCAUAUGGAUAACCCGCAGAUAUCGUUUCUUUAUAUGAGGAUCAUCAAUUAUCUUUCUUUCGUUCAUACCAGGAUGGGAGAUCUGGACAGCGCCAAAUCUCAUCUUGAAAGCAUCGUUCUAAGUGAACUGAAAUGUGAGCCUAACGUAUACAGUACUGAAGAUCUAUUCACCAGAAUGAAAAACGAGAAAAACCUGGACAAAACCAAGGUAGAGAAAUUGAUGAUCAACAAUAUGCAGAUGCUAGGUUGGAUAUACGGAAAACAAGGUCAAGGGGAUCUCUAUGCCGAUAUAAUCCACAAAAGUCUUCAGAAAGAAAUGGAUUUGGAUGAUACUGAUCCUAUCAUGUGGGCAACGAGAUGCUAUAGACUCGCUUCAUUGUUUUUGUCUCAGGAUAAAUGGGAGAACGCUAGGUACCACUUGACAGCUGCUCAGACUGUUUUGGAUCCCCUAGAAGUCGGAAUGACGCCUAAUAUUUUGCUGUUUAAAACUCAAGCUGAAAUGGCUCGAGUAUGGGUCAACUAUGGAUUACAACUCUUCAGCAUCAGCAAGAAGUCGAUCCUUCAAAAAAUGUGGGAGGAUUCUGAAGAAAUCAAGAAGCCAGACGUACCUGUCAGUACCAAGCCUUCUUAUGAAUUCGUCGGCGUAGAGGUCAAAGUCCCAUCGAUCCCUGCCAAAGAAAUCGAGAACAUCCAAGAAGCAAGAGAACUCUUUACCCACACUCACAAAUGGUUAAAGAGAGCUAGACUCUUUUACACGCUCAGAGAUUACCCCCUACAGUAUGUCAAUAUAAUCUUGGAACUCAGCGAGUUGUACAGAUACCUAGCGUUUUACGAGAAAGAUCUAGACUCCCAGUACGACGUUCACAAGAAAAGAUACGAAACCCUAGAAACCCUCAGUACGAUCUUGCGUGAAGUUCGUCCGAGUUGUUACCAAGCUGUUUGCGUGGAAAUAAUAAGAGAGAUCAUGGAGGUGCAAAUCGAACUGAUGAAUCUCAACCUGAAGAGACUCUACAGUCCUAGUGACGACGCUGAUCUAGAUGAGGACGAGCUACAGAAGAGAAUCAACACUGUCGCUCACAUCAACGCUAAGAUCGAUCAUCUGUGUAAUGUCGAUCACAGCAAGACUGCUGUGGAUUUGACUGGAAACGAGGUUAGUACUCAAGAGAUUGGUGAAGAUACUGAAGAAGGUGUAAAACAGAGAAAAGCCGAGACUCAUGAUGCUGGGAAGAAUGUUGAGGUGACUGCAAAAAAUGGGGAUGGUGAAGGAAAUGACCAGAAGAAAGAAUCUUAGUGGUUUGAAAAACGUAUCUGAAUAUUCCGUGUCCUGAUGAUUUCAAUAAAGUAUUCUGAAAUAUUAUUUUUUUGUCCAAGCGGCAUAGAA